AUGGCAUGCUGUAAAAAUAGACCAAUUAUGGCAUGCGAUUUCUCACUCUCUCUCUCUCUCUACCUUCCACGAUCGACCACAGGCGCCUUAGCUCACUCUCGUCUCUCUCCGGCUUCCACCGUUGACCGACGGAGCCUCAGCCCUCACUCUUGUUUCUCUCCGCCUUCCACCGACGCGGCUCACUCUCGUCGCUCGCCUCCCAGGACACAAAUCAUUCACAUGGUUGGCGAGGGCAAUAAAGUCAUUUGCAAUUGCGUAGAUGUAGGCCAGGAAGUUCAGUACCCAAAAACUGGGACCGAAGCUUUGCUAAUGGGCAUUUUGGUUGAAGAAGUUGCAAUUACAAUGUCAUGUCAUUGUGUGAAACGUCAAGAUCCUCCUUUCCUUACUAAUUACUGGGCAAUCAGGCGAGGCCCCAGUAAAGAGAGUUGGCCAUACCAACAUGGGCUUAGGUCUAUGGUAAAUGCUGGGCAGGACACUAAUGGUUCACACUUUUUCAUCUGUGACGACCCGCUGGUAACUAUACAAUUUAUGAUCCUGCUGUUAUGA